AUGUCAGAGAAGGUUGAGGUCGAGAAAGACCUCGCCAACCAUAUCGAAACUAUCCCGGGGAGCAAUGAAGCUGUCUCGAGCAAUGAGAACUCCACUUGGAAGGAACUAUGGCAGAACAGGAGAGUGCUGCUGUGGUGCCUCCUCAUCUUCCUGCUUCCAGUCAACUUCGGUUACGAGAAUGCGAUGAUCGGAAACCUGUUCGCUUCUCGUGCCUUUCAGCUACGAUUCGGGGUGGAGGUCAAUGGCAGCUGGACUGUCGCGGCUCGCGAUCAACAGAUCCUGAACGCAGCUCCCACUAUCGGCCUCUUUGCUUCGGCGCUUGCCACCGGUUUCCUUUCAGAUUUCCUUGGCAGAAAGAAAGUGGUCAUCCUGGCAUGCGUAAUUUGCAUCGGUGGUGUUAUCCUCCAAUACUUCAGUGAGACGGUGAUGAUGCUUUUCGGUGGGAAACUGGUCGCCUGCUUUGGCUUCGGUCUGGGACAUUCUCUCGGCCCCGUCUGGGUUGCGGAAUUAGCACCCAACUCGAUUCGCGGUAUCUGUCUUGCUCUGAUUAACACCAUGAUUGUCAUCGGACAGUGGUUAUCUUCUCUCUGCAUCUACGCCGCCUCGUUCCGAGACAACGAUCUCGCCUGGCGGAUCCCCCUGAUCACUCAAAUAAUCAUGCCAGGGCUCCUGUUCAUCAUCGGCCUCCCUCUACUCCCAGAAUCACCAACAUGGCUCCUAAUGCGGGGCCGAGACGAAGAAGCACACAAGGCUCUGAAAAGAUUCAACGGCCCGCAGUUCAACGCCGACAGGGCGCUGCAGAUCAUGCGCAACGCCAUGGAGAUGGAGAAGAGUGUGACGGAAGCACAAAGCUCUGCCAGCUAUCUGGACUGCUUCCGGGGGCCCAACCUCCGCCGAACAACCAUCAUCUGCAUGGUGUACCUUGCCCAGCAGUUCCUCGGGGUCAACUUCGUGUCUGGCUAUCUGACCUACUACUUCGACCUCGCCGGCGUGGGCAACGCGCUGGCCGUCGCGCAAGGCGCCUACGCCAUCCAGCUUUUCGGUAACAUGUGCUCGUGGCCCUUGAUCGAGCGGAUUGGGCGACGUUCUAUGCUGGUGUACGGCUCAAUAAUUAUGACCGUGGGCCUGUUGAUUAUCGGCUGCGUCAAUAUCAAGAUCACCGACGCCUCGCUCAAGGCCACAGUUGCGCUGAUGUGUCUCUGGGGAUGGCUGUACCAAGGAUCCCUAGGAGCCGUUGCUUACGCCGUCGGUGGCGAGACCCCCACGCCCCGCUUGCGGCAGAAGACCUACGCCAUCAAUAUCAUGAGUGCAACCGCCGUGUCCUGCAUGGUCAACCAGGUCAUUCCGUACCUGAUCAAUCCCGAUAAAGCCGAUCUAGGUGGUAAGAUCGGGUUCAUCUUCUUUGGCCCUUCUGUGUUGGUCUGCAUUUAUCUCUUCUUCUGUGUGCCGGAAAUGCAAGGCCGCACUCCUGAGGAGCUUGAAGAGAUGUUUACUGUUGGUGUGCCGGCGAGGAAGUUCCAGACAUGUGUGUCAGGGUCAGCGGCUUGA